UAAUGAACUCGUCCGCCGCAAGGACUUGUGGGAGAGGCAAGAUGUCAGCGCCCGUGGUGAAGAUGGCAGGUCGCUGUUUCUAUCAACUCUAUAAACUGUCCAACUCUGCCGGACGUUUAGCGUCCGGUAAGACGGGGAUCCGCCAGUUCUCCGGUGCUGUAGUUAAAAAUGCGGCGGAGCCGUGGAGGCUGCUGGGGGCGGCGUGUGUGCAGCGGCUAGCGGUCAUCUCGGCGGACCAGAGACCCCUGGAGGCCAAGUUCUCUGAGCUGAUGAACCAGAUGGAGCUGGAGCGUAGCCUGAUGUCAGACCACGAGCUUCGUCUCCUUGAUGACAAAGAGAGGCUGAGGAGGAGGCAGGCGGUGGAUUAUGACUCGGACGAGGAGGAGGAGGCGGACAGAGACCAGGACAUCGUCCUCACACAGGAUCUGGAGGACGCGUGGGAGCAGAGACUCAAGGGGUUUGCCACCCAACCCCGGGCCCGAGGUGUGGUAGAUGCGCGUUUGGAGCGGGCCGACCGCUGUCUGGCUGAGCCGCUGCUCCUCCUCACCCAGCAGGAGGUGGGCUCUGAGAGGCUGUGGAUGCUGCCUCAGACCCCCUGGGAGGCUGGGGAGACCCUGAAGACCACCGCCCAGAGAGCCCUCUCCGCCACACCUGGUUUAGACUUGCAGACGGUCUUCCUGGGCAACGCCCCGUGUGGCCUCUAUAAGUACCGGAUGCCCCGGUCGGUGCGGGACCGCGAGGGGCUCACGGGGGUCAAGGUGUUCUUCUUCAAGGCUGUAGUGAGUGGACCCCUCCCGCCUCCAGCCCCCUCCUCCCUCUGGGUCAGACGGAGUGAGCUCAAGGACUACCUGAAGCCGUCCUACCUCGAGAAGAUCAGGCCCUUCCUCCUCAACCUUUGACCACAAGAAACCCCUCCUUGACCUUUGAUUCCAAGAUACCUACCCUCUCCUUGACCUCAGACCCUUACAUAUACCAUCUCCUACAUGUGUGCUAUGUUCUGUUAUUUUAGAUUUUGUACAAAAAAUAAAAUAAAGGUUUCAUCAUGAAAAA